AUGGGGUCGUUCCUAGGCGUGACGGCCGUGCAGUGGCAGAACGGCACGCGCGUGGCGGUCGGCGUAGUCAUUCUCGCCAGCCUCGGCCUGACCCUGGCACACUACACCCAGAUCGACCCCCGAUGGGACAUCGUGCACCCAGAGGCGGUCUCAAACGGCCUGCAGGCGAGCCCGGCCGACGGUCUGCUGCGGUGUUCAGCAGGGACGGGCGCAACGCAUGCGUGCGGCAGCCGCGCCGCGCGUUGGAGUGCGAUCACUGUCAUCCUCGUGGCGUCGCCGCUGGUGGGUGCGGUGGCCAAGACGGGCAUCGAGCGCACCAUCGGCACUAUUGCAGGCGGCCUGCUGGCAAUGGGUGCGGUGUACGCCAACUCCCUGCCCCUCCUCUGCGUCCUCGCCUUUGCCGCAACCCUCGUCGGCUACCUGGCAGGCGCCAAGUACGGGCGUGAGUACAGCGGGAAGCUCUUCCCCCUGACCUACCUCAUCGUGGGCUCUGCCGGCGUGCUCACCAAGGAGCCAAUCCCCAUCAUGCUCGCGCGCAUCACGGGCAUCCUGCUGGGUGCGGGGGCGGAUAUCCCGGGCCGCCCUGCGGGGGGGCACGCGGCCGGGCACCUGUCGCUGCCGCCGCAGGCGGCAGCAGGCGCCGGCGCGCAGGGGAUCGUCUGCAUGUUUGUGCUCUCGAUGGUCUGGUUCCCCCGCAGCGCGAGCGACAAGGUGCGGCGGGAGCGGCAGCCGCAGCCCUGUCAAGGCCCGGGCGCUUGA